UCUCAUCGCUAGCAAGCAUUAUAUUUGUAAACAUUUUUUGAUAGUUACAGAAAAUUGUGAAAUAUUUCAUUUUGAGCUGAAAAUUAUUGCUGCAGCAAGAUGGGAAAAGGUUUCAAUAAUUAUAUGUGCAAAAAGUUCUUCCACCCGGCUUCCAGGGAUAACCUGAAGCGAGUGUGGAUGGCAGAGCAACAGGCCGAGGCAUACAAAAAGAAACAGGAGGAACUACGCACACAAUAUGAAAAAGAACAGAACCUCCACGAAAAUAAAGCUAUGCUUAGCAAAGAUAGCAAGGACAAGCUUAGUGUUAACUUCAUGUAUGAGCCACCGCCAGGAGUACGGAAGGAGCGGGAAAAAGAUGACAACGAGCCGGAGUACAAGUUCGAGUGGCAGCGCAAAUAUAAUGCCCCUCGUGAGUCCUACUGCAAGGGUGACACAGAGAUACGUGAUCAGCCGUUUGGCAUACAGGUACGCAAUGUACGCUGCCUUAAGUGUCACAAGUGGGGCCAUAUUAACACGGAUAAGGAGUGCAGCAUGUACAGCAUAUCGAUGAGCGAGGCGCGUAAGCUUCACUCGGAAGCUGAAGCCAGUGACAUUAUGUCGAAAAAUGUACUCGAGGAGCAAAUGAAAGAAGACGGCUUGAUGAUGAAGCGCUCAGCAUUAGAAUUGCAGAGCAUUAAAACCGUACAACAGGGGCAUCAGUUGGUCCCUAGCGAUGAGGAAGAUGAAGCCAUGCGAGACGCACAGAGCCAUAAUCCAGAACUAAUGUUUCUCAAGUCCCUAAGCAAGAAACAAAAAUUGAAGCUGCUUAAGAAAUUAGAGAAGAUAGAACGUAUGAAGCGGAGGGGUGAAAAAAGUGAAAAGGUCAGCAAAAAGAAAGCCAAGAAAGCGCAGAGGGACAGCAAGAAAAGUUCAAAAAUUAAGAAGACAUGCAAAAGAUCCAAUGACAGCAGCAGCAGUUCUUCGUCUUCUGAAUCCGAUUCUGAUUCUAAUGAGAAGAGACCACGGAACAACCAAGAAAGCAAUCCACACCGUAGCAAUCGUAGGGAUCAACGUCAGCGCUCGCGUUCCAAUGAACAUCAAGAUCGAAGGAAACGUUCGCGCUCGCGCAGCAGGGAUAGGCGUCGAGAUCGGAGGGAUCACGAGGAACGACAUGGACGUCCACGUCGUUAGUCCACUUUUUUUUUGCAUUUGCAUUUGCCCAUUUAUAAAUAAACAUUUCACUUUGAUUUGGUA